GUGAGAGUCGUGCGUUCUGGACUGGCUGCGCUAAAAUAAAGAUGGCGGCGUGUGUGUUACGAAGCUGGGGAAUAUUGUCUACUGUUAAUAAGUUUAGCAAUAAAAACACACUUCGAGCAUUCGCUGUGAAGCUCGACAGCAGACACGAAGUGACCAGACGCCGCUUGCAGUGUUCCACAUGUGGUCUCCUGAAUGUACAGCAGAAACGGUUCAUGUCGUCCCGUAACAGGGCAGAAGGGAAGGUGCUAGAGACAGUGGGAGUGUUUGAAGUGCCAAAACAGCAUGGCAAAUAUGAAACAGGACAGUUGUUCCUGCACAGUGUGUUUGGCUACAGAGGCAUCGUCCUGUUCCCCUGGCAUGCUCGACUUUACGAUCGUGACGUCACGCCUCCAGCAUCUGACAGUAAGCCAGAGACUCCGGGAGCCCAUGGGUCAAAGGAGGUGAAGGGAAAAACACACACAUACUAUCAAGUCCUCAUUGACACUAGAGACUGUCCACACAUAUCACAGAGAUCACAGACAGAAGCAGUCACGUUUCUAGCCAAUCAUGACGACAGCAGGGCUCUAUAUGCUAUUCCAGGUUUAGACUACGUGAGCCAUGAGGAUAUUCUGCCAUAUAAUUCUACAGAUCAGGUGCCCAUUCAGCAUGAGCUAUUUGAGAGGUUCCUCAUGUUCAACACAUCUAAAGUGCCUCCGUUUGUAGCAAGAGACACGCUGCGUGCAUGGCAGGAGAAGAACCAUCCAUGGCUGGAGCUGUCCGACGUCCACAGAGAGACGACAGAGAAUAUCAGAGUGACCGUCAUCCCUUUCUAUAUGGGCAUGAGGGAAGCACAGAAUUCACAUGUUUACUGGUGGCGCUACUGCAUCCGUCUAGAGAACUUGGGCAACGAGGUGGUGCAGCUGAGGGAACGGCACUGGAGGAUCUUCAGCCUGUCAGGAACGCUGGAGACGGUCAGAGGCAGAGGAGUGGUGGGACGUGAGCCUGUAUUGUCCAAAGAACAGCCAGCGUUCCAGUACAGCAGUCACGUCUCGCUACAGGCCCCCAGCGGACACAUGUGGGGCUCCUACCGGUUCGAGAGGCCCAACGGCACAUUCUUCGAUGUGCGCAUCCCUCCCUUCUCUCUCGAAAGCAAGAAGGACGAAAUGCCCAACGGCUUCCUGCCCGGCCCUUUCUCCUCACUGGCUUAAGAGCUCAGAGCCUUGCCUCGCUGCGCCCGUCCCAACCGCUGCCAAGCUCAGCCUGUCCUCCUGUCCUGCAACUUCAGCAACACGUCCCCUGUCCCACUAUUUUAACUGUGCUGAACUUCAGCCUGUUAUUGCUCCUGUGUGCACUAAUCCAUUCAUUAAUAAUAAUAAUAAUAAUACCAAUAGUCAUAACAAAUUAAAUACGCUGCUUUUUUUUCCCUUAAUAUAGAUUAAACUGUAAUUUGGAUGAAAAAGUGCAAUAAAAUAAAUUAACUCACAGAUAUCAAAUAGUGACAUUUACUAUUUUUAGCAGUUCUCGCUCUUCCCACCUCGCUCUAGCUCUCGUACAUGUAGAUGCGAAAAAAACAGACUAGGAAAGGUCAGAAAAAUAACCCAAACUCUGUUCAUACCUAUAAAUGAAAUGCUCAUCAGAGCUCUUUUUCAGUUUCCUCCCGCGAUCGUCACCAGCUAACGUGGAUUUCAUGCUUAUAAAGCACUUAGCUUAUGAAGCUUAUGAAGUCACCAUAUAAAGCAUGCACAGCUGGAUGAGGAACUGGAAAAUCUGCCUUAGCAAAUUUUUACUUGUAUUUCUUGCAUGUGAUCAGAUAUUAGUGUAAUUCAUGUAUUUUAUUUUGCUUUAAGAAUCUAGAUCUGAACUGAUGUUCUAGACUGCAGUGGGUUUUGAAUGUUAACUAAACACUAACUGCAUCUUCAUCAUCAUCAUCAUCAUCAAAGAGUCUGUAAACUUCAGACUGCUAACUCUCCACUAUUAAUCACUUGCACAGUCUCUCUCUCUCUCUCUCUCUCUCUCUCUCUCUCUCUCUCUGUCUGUCCUCCUCACAGUCUCUCUCUCUUUCUCUCUGUCCUCCUCACAGUCUCUCUGUCCUCCUCACAGUCUCUCUCUGUCCUCCUCACAGUCUCUCUCUUCCUCUCUCACAGUCUCUCUCUGUCCUCCUUACAGUCUCUCUCUCUCUCUCUCUCUCUCUCUGUUCUCCUCACAGUCUCUCUCUCUCUUCCUCUCUCACAGUCUCUCUGUCCUCCUUACAGUCUCUCUCUCUCUCUCCUCACAGUGUCUCUCUCUCUCUCUCUAUCUGUCUGUCCACCUUACAGUCUCUCUCUCUCUCUCUCUCUCACUCACUUUGCAUCUUCUAUGUCAGCACUAAUGAGCUUUUUUGUUGUUGAAUGUUAAACACUAAGCAGAAAGUCCCAAACACGUUAAAGGCUUUAAAACACUUUAGUGGUGUGAGGUAGAUUUUUUGUUUCUCAGAAUAACCCAGCAAUGCAGAAUUCAACUCUCACACGUUCCAGUGAGUGUAAUAUACGAUUUCCUUUGAAUUAAUCUUAAUACAGUUUAAUCAUCUCACCCUCAGGUUACGUGAAACUCUCACCUUCUCACUUCAUUUAUCUCUUUGCUGGUUUUAACAUCGUGCUCUGAAACUAAUUUGGAGAAAAACUUAAUAAAACAGUGUCCAUGCGUUUCAUUCACCUCUUAACAACUCGUUAACUUAGAGUCAAUUAAUGCACUCAGAUUUGGGGAAAUGUCAUCUUAUGUAUAAAUGACAAGAGUUUUAUUUUCCAGGUAGACAUGAAUUGUGUGGCUGAAUGUCGGCCAACAGCUAAGAAAGAAGUUAUUUAUUUAUCACCAUUCUAAAUACCAUUGUAAAUAAUUGCAUCAAUGUGAACAAAAUAUUUUUGUAUCACAAUACAGGAACUUUAAAUGUCAACGGACACACUGCAAUCAAAUGGUCACGUAUAAGCUACAGGAAGCAGAAUAUCUGAAUUGCUGGACAUUUGUUCUUGUAACCAGCCACUGUUUUAGCUUUAUAUCUUCAUCUUUAACUCCGGUCAGUAUAUCCGCUGCUUCUCCACUACUACAGCUGCAUAUAUACGCUGUGACAGGAGCAGCGAGAUGUACACACCGCUUUAAGGCGGACAAUCACGUUUUGUUUUUGAUGAACCGAAUCAUCGCGUCGCUUUUGUAUGCGUGUGAGAAUCCGUUCAGUUUACUCCGCAGAUCCUUCUGUGUGGUUUCUACUGUGAAGCUUGUUGUGUUAUUGUGUUUGGGUUUAUGAAAAUGUGUUAGAGUCAAAAGUAAUUGUACAUCAGUGCAGUGAAUUUAUAACGAUGAUUUGUAAAUCUGAUUUUACAGAUCUGCGGUGUUCAGGUUUACCAUUUUUAUAAUUUAAGGCGAGUAAUCCAAGCAAAUGGGGCGUGGCCAAGUGGAUGGCUACGAAGCACUUAGGGGGUGGGGCUAAAACAUGACACUAGAGCUCAGCACAUGUAAUUUUGUGCGACUCCUAUAUGUUAAACUGUGCCUACAGACUAUUUGCAAUCGGAGGUUUAUGAAAUCGACUAUAGAUUGCCACUGAAUUGAUGUACGAUUACUUUUGAAAGGAAGGUUGGUUCGGUUUCUUUUACUAAAGUGACCAGCUUUAAACCCGAAAGCCCCAAAUGUAACUUCCAUGUUUUGAAACUAAUAAAAAGGGGAAUUUGUAUCGAC